ACCAUCGAUAGACAUCCCAACCUGUCCUGCAGCACCAAAACUUGCGCCAAAUACCGGCCAGCCAAUCAGCAGCUGCCUUCCACCAGCCCGCGUCACGCACCCAACGCCACGUGACGGGAGUGACGUAUGGCGAGGAGGGGGCGGGGCCGCUGUAUUCCGGUGCCCGGGCGCUCAGUGUCACUCGCUGUGGUUGUGGGGUAACCCCGAAAAGAGCGUCACUGGUCAGGCUGUUUCAGGUCCAGGAGCAAUGUCGCAGAGGAGGAGAGGCCGGCCCAGUGCUCAUCAGGACUUGCGACAACUUCAGGGUCAAGAUGUGGAUAUGGAUGAUGACUUUAAUAUCACUCAAACCCAAACUCCAUCGCAGGUGCAGAAAAAUUUGGCCAAGCAUUCUCCCACACAAGUCAGCCUUAAGGUGGGUGAGGUGGUACAGUACCUGUUGAUCAGAGACCAGAAGAAGUUGCCAAUUAAACGGGCAGAUAUUGUGAAGAAUGUGGUUAAGGAGUACAAGGAUGUGUAUCUUGAAAUAUUUCGCCGUGCCAAGGAAGCACUGUUGGAGGUGUUUGGUUUUCAGCUGGAGGAAAUUGAUGCCAAGAACCAUGUUUAUGUUCUUAUAAAUAGACUGGACCGUGUGGAAGGAGACGGCCUGAAAGUGGAUGACAACACUCCUAAACUGGGAUUGCUUACAGUCAUUCUCAGCCUCAUCUUCAUGAAGGGCAACACGGCCAAAGAGGCUGCUAUCUGGGAGUCAUUGCGGCGUCUGCGUAUUGAUCCAGGAGAGAGGCACGAUGACUUUGGAGACGUGAAGAAACUUGUGACCGAUGAGUUUGUAAAGCAAAAGUAUCUCGAGUAUAACAAAAUCCCCCAUACAGAUCCCCCAGAGUAUGAAUUCCGGUGGGGUCCGAGAGCAUUUAAAGAAACCUCCAAAAUGAAAAUCCUGGAAUUUGUCUCUAUGGUCCAACAAAAGGACCCCAAGUCUUGGGUAACACAGUACAAAGAUGCACAGGAACCAGCAAGUUCUCAGUCACAAGGACUUUCUCCGUCACAGGGAACAAGACGCUGAUCAUUCUCUAUCAUCUUGGUGCAGUGGAUGGGGAUGAAAGAAAAAACAAAAACACAAGACCUAUUUACCAAUUGAGCAUUUAUUAGGACAAAAGGUACAUCAAGGAACAACGUUCAUGACCUUUAGUAGUUGUGCUGCGUUGUAAGCAAUUGGUAAUACCAGAUGUUACUUCUUUGCACCUUAAAUGGACACCAAUGGCUCAGACGUGUGUUGAGUAAGGUCUCCAUGUCCUCUUCUCUAACAGGAAGCAGCAUCCGAAGCCUUGGUAGAUGGAAGUUCUAUAUUUUCUUACUGCUUGUUGUAUAUAGUUAUUUAAUAAACUUUCCAGUCUAGAA